AUGAAAGCACAUCCGAAUAAGAGAAGCAAGGAGAGAUAUUGCCUCUUCCAUCGAGACCAUGGGCAUGCCACACAGGAUUGUUUUGAUCUCAAGGAAGAGGUGGAAGGACUUAUUCGGAGAGGAUAUCUCAAGGAGUAUGUGGAAGAUCCCAAAGCAACUCUAAACAGUGAGAAUGACGACAAGUCCCCUGUCAAGGAAAUCCAGACAAUAUUUGGAGGUCCAACAGAGAGAGAGUUAGGUAAGAAGAGAAAAGCGAGCAUGCAGGAAGCUAGGGCAAGCCCAGGGUAUUGCAAAGUCUACCACGCAUCUUUUACAGGGCAGCCCUCCAAAAUCAAGUUUUCAGAGGAUGAGACAACCCGCCUCUUCCAUCCACAUAACGACGCACUAGUUAUUACCCUAAAAAUAACCAAUACAAAGGUGCAUCGAAUUCUAGUGGAUGGGGGUAGCUCGACCGGCAUCAUCUCCCUAACGGCUUAUAAAGCUAUGGAUUUAGGAGAAAAGGCCCUUAAAAGUAACCUCGCACCACUAGUAGGUUUUGGGGGAGAACGGGUCAUCCAAAAAUGUAGGAUAAAGUUACCGGUAACAUUCGGAAAUGGGCCAAGGAACAUCACUAAAAUAGUGGAGUUCCUCGUCGUUGACUACUCAUCCUCCUAUAAUGCAAUAUUGGGGAGGCCAACUAUACAUACGCUCAAGGCGAUACCCUCCACAUACCACAAAUCUUUGAAGUUCCCAACGGAUGGAGGUAUAAGUGAGGUCAAAGGAGAGCAACGGGUAUCGUGUGAGUGCUACUACACCUCAUUAAGAGGCAAUGACACAGGAACUAGAGCCUCUACCUCGAGAUGA